UACUUCUACAAACCUCCAUCAGUUGGUCAAAAAUGUUCGCGUUACGUGCUGCCGCUAAAGCUGAUAAAAAUUUGCUGCCAUUUUUGGGGCAAUUGUCUCGCGGCCAUGCUGCCAAGGCAGCCGCUAAGGCGGCCGCUGUAGCCAAUGGCAAAAUUGUGGCCGUAAUUGGUGCCGUCGUGGACGUGCAAUUUGAUGAUAACUUGCCGCCAAUUCUGAAUGCAUUGGAGGUUGACAACCGUUCGCCCCGUUUGGUGCUGGAAGUGGCCCAACAUUUGGGCGAGAACACCGUACGCACCAUUGCUAUGGACGGUACUGAGGGUUUGGUUCGUGGACAGAAGGUUCUCGAUACUGGCUCCCCAAUUCGUAUUCCAGUCGGAGCGGAGACUCUAGGACGCAUUAUGAAUGUCAUUGGCGAACCAAUCGAUGAGCGUGGUCCCAUUCCGUCUCAGAAGACCUCGCCUAUUCAUGCUGAAGCUCCCGAAUUCGUGGACAUGUCAGUCGAACAGGAAAUCCUGGUUACCGGAAUUAAAGUCGUCGACCUUCUGGCACCCUAUUGUAAGGGUGGUAAAAUUGGUCUGUUUGGUGGUGCCGGUGUCGGCAAAACUGUGCUAAUUAUGGAGCUUAUCAACAACGUGGCUAAGGCACAUGGUGGUUACUCUGUGUUCGCCGGCGUUGGCGAACGUACUCGCGAGGGCAAUGAUCUGUACAACGAGAUGAUUGAAUCUGGUGUUAUUUCGCUCAAGGAUAAGACCUCGAAGGUGGCUCUAGUCUACGGUCAAAUGAAUGAACCCCCAGGCGCUCGUGCUCGUGUUGCCUUGACUGGUCUCACCGUUGCCGAAUAUUUCCGUGACGAGGAGGGACAGGAUGUGCUGCUUUUCAUUGACAACAUUUUCCGUUUUACUCAGGCCGGUUCCGAAGUGUCCGCUCUUUUGGGUCGUAUUCCAUCAGCCGUCGGUUACCAGCCGACUUUGGCAACUGACAUGGGUACUAUGCAAGAGCGUAUUACCACAACCAAAAAGGGCUCCAUCACUUCGGUCCAGGCUAUUUAUGUGCCAGCUGACGAUUUGACCGAUCCUGCUCCAGCCACAACUUUCGCCCAUUUGGACGCCACCACUGUCUUGUCGCGUGCCAUUGCCGAAUUGGGUAUCUACCCGGCUGUCGAUCCUUUGGAUUCCACUUCACGUAUCAUGGAUCCCAACAUCAUUGGCCAGGAACACUACAAUGUCGCUCGCGGUGUGCAAAAAAUCUUGCAAGAUUACAAAUCUCUCCAAGAUAUCAUUGCCAUUUUGGGUAUGGAUGAGUUGUCUGAGGAGGACAAACUGACUGUCGCGCGUGCACGUAAGAUCCAGCGUUUCUUGUCACAGCCAUUCCAAGUCGCUGAGGUCUUCACUGGACAUGCCGGUAAACUAGUCCCAUUGGAGCAAACAAUUAAGGGCUUUUCACAGAUUUUGGCUGGUGAAUACGAUCAUCUGCCAGAGAUUGCGUUCUACAUGGUUGGCCCAAUCGAAGAAGUUGUUGAGAAGGCCGACCGUCUAGCCAAGGAAGCAGCCUAAAAUGCAUAUUACAAAAAUGGUUUUUGCAAAUUAAUAUUCAAUUGUAUUAAGCAUAAAGAUAUCAGAGACAAAUGAAAAAAAUAAAACGUAAUUAAACAACACGA